GUUCAUUUCUCAGCAGUGUAGCCUGCAAUGGUCGACAGGCAGUUGGCGUCGGAGCCAUGGUAUCAUGGCCUUUUACCUCGCGAAGACAUCAAGAUGAUGCUAAGGCACAAUGGUGACUUUUUGGUGCGAACAACUGAGCCAGUUGCCGGACAGCCACGAGCAUUCGUAUUGUCGGUUAUGUUCAGGGAAGAACUUGAGGACCAAGGGAUCAAGCACUUCGUUAUUACGAAUCUUCCCAAUGGCAAAUUCUCUAUAGAAAAGUAUGCAUUCGAAUCAGUCAGUCAUAUGAUAGAACACCACUUAACCAAAAGAGAAUCAAUCUCUAGGGCAAAUGAAGUAAUCCUUAGAACACCCAUUUUGCGACAAAGUUGGGAGCAUGCUCAUGAAGAUGUGGAGUUGACCAAAAAACUAGGUGAAGGCGCAUUCGGUGAGGUGCACAUGGGUAAGCUGAAACUUCGUAAUGGCCGAAAAGUGGAUGUAGCGGUCAAAUUGGCUAAAUUAGAAGUUUUAACAAAAGAACAAAUUAAAGAAAUUAUGCAUGAAGCUCGUUUGAUGAGACACUUUGACCAUCCUAACGUGGUAAAAUUCUAUGGAGUAGCUGCGGGUCAAGAACCUCUUAUGGUACUUAUGGAACUGGUAAAUUGCGGAGCAUUGGAUUCAUACCUUCAAAAACAGGAGCAACCAGUGGAGAAGAAAAACGAGAUGUGCUUGCAGGCAGCUUGGGGACUGGAAUACCUUCACAUGAAGAAUGUACUGCACAGAGAUAUCGCUGCUAGAAAUUGUCUUUAUGGCGAUAACAAGGUUAAAAUAUCUGACUUCGGCCUAACUAGAGAAGGAACUGUGUACCAAAUGGAUCCACAUAAGCGAGUGCCGAUUCGGUGGCUAGCACCAGAAACGUUGAAAAUGGCCAUUUACACACAAAAGACGGACGUUUUUAGUUAUGGUAUCAUGUGUUGGGAAAUAUACAAUAACGGCAUCGAACCAUACCCUGGCAUGACUGUCGCCGAAGUUAAUCAAAAUGUCAAAGAAGGCUAUCGAAUGGAGCUUCCACCUUUCAUACCUCCUGAAGUUCAAAAUCUUAUUAGAGUGAGAUGUUGGUCGGAAAAUCCGAAUGAUCGUUAUUCAAUGCCAGAAAUAGCAAAGCAUCUUCAGCGUAUUCUGCAGAUACCUCGCCCAGAUUUUGCAGCGAUUCGCGCAGCCAGAAUGGCUGCUGAGGCAACACAACCAACCAUAGAAGCAGGAGGACCGUCACAAAGACCGCAACCAUCAGCAGUGGGAGGAGCGCGACGACGCUCUAUGGUGGGGCAAAGACAGCCUCAACGUCCGUUAACUGGCGUUCGCAGGGGGCGCUCAAGGUGAUCUCCGGCAGCAGUAAUGUUCCACCCAGACAGCAUAGAAUUCGAGGAAAAACUACUUGAAUCAUUCUCUAAUCCCAUCUGCGGUGAUAAUCUUGUUAAGUCCUGC